CUCAGGGCCCUUGGCGUGGGGUGUUGUCCAUCAAGGUUCUCACAUGGGAUGCCACGCGACUUCAACAUGUGCUCCGUACGCAAAUUUUGCUUGCGCCAAAGGAAACAGUCAAUAAUAUCAGAACUUCCAGCCGCAAUUCAUCCUGUCUAACUAUGCGGCCAAUAACCUGGACCGUGGCCGCUAUUUGCUGGCUCUGCGGCUCGAUUGUACUAUGCGGUGAAGAUCCGUCAGGAACAGGAGGGGACGGGGCCUCAGCAGAAGGGUUAGUGGGUGUUGAGGCCUUGGACCCGCAAUACCUCGUGUACCAGAUCCGUCAGAUGGAGGUUCUCGCUGAGGAUGCAUCUUUGUUAGCCAAGCCUGACACUGAGCGGCAUCUGAAAGAGAAGGAAAUGCUGCGGCAGAGACUGGACAAGAAACAAGGUGUUUGGAACGAGCAUCACCCGCGCCACCGGCUGCUUGAGGCCCUUCGCGGAUUCUCUGCGUAUGCUGAGACUCAACAAACGGAGCUCAACCGGCUGAAGGGACUGUACCGUCAUGUCUCCAAGCAACAGAAGAAGGUUCUUGAGCGAGACGUCAAGUACAGCCAGAAGUUCACAACAAUAUUCCACCUCCUGGAGCAAAACCAGCAGCUCUGUAGCGAGGUCGUACGCAACGGCCUAGACUUCUACGAGAUUGAGCAGCAAGAGUUGGACGAGCACAUCCGAUCGAUGAAAGCCGCCGGGCGCGCACCUGAGAGAGUGAGCGUGUCGCAGGCUUUGAAGCACUUUAUCCGAGACUGGGCCGCAUCCGGGGCCAACGAACGAGACGCGGCAUUUCCUUGCAUCUUGGGGGCGUUGAAAAAGCUGUUCCCGACUUCCAAUGCUGCAGAUCAAGAAGUCAAGGUCCUCCUCCCCGGAGCCGGCGUGGGACGGCUGGGGCACGAAGUGGCCCAACUACCAGGUCUCCAAGUAACAAACAACGAAUGGUCCGCCUACCAGAACCUCGCCUACCGUUUCCUCACUGCGCAUCCACACAACCUACCCAACAGCUCCUCAAUCCACCCUUUCAUCGACUCCUGGUCGCACCACCGCACCACCGCCGACAUGUUCCGCCCGAUCUCCUUCCCCGACGUCCCGCUCAAUCCCCAGUCCGUGCUGCUCGUCGAGGGGGAUUUCACCACGGCGUUCCGCGAGGACGAGUAUACCGGCUCGUACGAUGUGGUCGUCACACACUUCUUCAUCGACACGGCGCGCAACCUGAUGAGCUACCUAGACACCAUCACGCGAGUAGUGAAGCCGGGAGGGUACUGGAUCAAUUUUGGACCGCUGCUCUACGGCUCGGCACCCUUCGUGCAGCUGACGCUGGAGGAGAUCGUGAUUGUGGCUGAGGGGAUGGGAUUCGAGUUCCUCGACCUUGAAGCAACAAUGCCGCUAGGCGGGGAUGGUGAAUGCCGGCUCGAAGAGGUGACCUUGCCGGGGAAGAGGGUGUACGGGGUGGAGGCGGUGUAUGGGUUUGAUGAGAGGGCGUUGACCAGGAAUGCUUAUCAGGCGCAGUUCUGGGUGGCCAAGAAGAGAGGUUGAGGAUGGACGCCUGUCAGACCGGCGGUUGACAGGGGCUUGCAGUUGUGGACCGGUCAUGUCACCAACUGAACGUUCUCGAACUUCGUCCGAGUUGCGGAAAGGACAGUGCUGGGCAUGGAUCUCUUGACAGCUCGCGCCAUCUAGUGUGGCAGCCAGACUCACAAGGUCACUGCAUCUGUUGGUUGCCCUUCCUCCUAGGCGCCGGCACCGCAGGCAAAGUAGUCUUGGGUAGUAAGGUAGUGAAGAUUGACAAGUCACGCGUGUGGGAGACAAUCUGGUUUCAACG